AUUAUAUAUUCAGUCAUUAAAGCCAACCAUUAGUUUAAUUAAGAGAUGAAAACAUUUAUUCCCUUCUGCAUUCACCUGGGUUUACGACAAAGACAGCCAAUCACAAGUAAGUCUGGCUAAUCCAUUAUGUAUAAAUUUUUUUCCCCACAAAUCCAGAACAUUAUACUCUUGCCAAAGGUACAUGAGUAUAUUCUGAUGCAGACUGGAACAAGAAGAGGAGAACGUUUACCUGUGAAUUUAGCUUUCAAGGAACGAUGCACACACUCUUUCUAGGGACCACAGAGCAGACUGAAUAGUUUCCAUCUUAACUACAAAACUAUCAGGUGUUUUUUCAAGCAGUGUCAUGUAUAUCUAUAGUAUUUGUAUAAUCUUCUCGUUGGUUGGUCCAGUACUUUCUAAAGGGGAUACAGACUGCCCAUGUGACACAGCAGAUUUCUGCAAUUGUUCCUCAAGGAAAACGAUUCCACCUGGAUUGCCAAAAAAUACAAAGGGAUUAAACCUUUCCAGCAAUGCCAUACAGAUUGUCACUGAGACUGACCUGAACCCCUAUGACCAACUGCAAACACUUCUGCUGCAGCAUAAUGAAAUCCACACUAUAAACGACGCCUCAUUCCAGUCACUUGGAAACCUGGAAGAAUUAGAUUUAUCAUAUAACAAUUUAGGCCAUUUAUCUUCGGCCUGGUUUAGAAAUCUGUACAAGUUAAAGCAUUUAAAUCUCUUAGGAAACCAAUAUUUAACACUUGGAAAUAAUUCACUGUUUACCAGUCUUUCCUCUUUAAGAUCAUUACGAUUUGGAAAUCUGAACUUUUCUGCUAUUCGGAAGCAAAACUUUGAGGGAUUAGAGAGACUAAAUAAACUUGAAAUAAAUGCUGCACAGUUAACAGUUUACGAAGAGGGAAGCCUUGCAAGGAUUACACAGAUUAACGACGCUAUUUUGAGUGUAAAUAUUUCUUUACUACCUGCACUGCUCACAGACUUGGUACAUUCUGUGACCUCGCUGGAAAUUACAGAUACAGAAUUCAGCACUCCAGCCGACAUGCAAGCCUUUGAAUCACUCACUUCCACCAGCGUGAAGCAACUGAUUUUCAGGAACUGCACAAUUGUGGAUGCAAGUGGCUACAGAUUUGUUGAAAUUAUCCAGACUUAUAGAAAUAUAACAGACAUCAUCAUGAUAGACUGCAAACUUUUAGGGAAAGGAUAUCAGAGUCCAUAUCUGCAAAAUACAAAAUCUUCUGUUACUACAAUUAUUGUAAAUAAAAUGGAGGUACCAAUGUUUUUUAUAUUUUCCGACCUUAGCUCAUUGCAUAAAAUUGUACCACAGUUUACACACGUGACUAUAACAGAUUCCCCAGUGUUUUUAAUUCCCUGUCCUUUUUCACAGUCUUUCACUUCUCUCCAAUACCUGGAUGUUAGUGGAGGUCGCCUGGAUAAUACUGCUUUAGAAAGCUCAGUGUGCUACCGUACGGGUGGAGGUGCAUGUCCCAUGUUGCAGACUUUAAACAUCAGUAGAAACAGUCUGACCUCUCUGCCAAAAGUUGCAGAAGUAUUGUCUGGGCUGAAUUAUCUCACUAACCUGGACAUCAGUCAAAAUCAUUUUGGUGAGUUAUCUACUUCUACGUGCAAAUGGCCUAAAAACCUUAAAUACUUGAACCUCUCAGAUAGCCGGAUGAGUAUUAUAAAUACUUGCAUUCCUACGACUUUACAGAUCUUGGAUGUGAGUUCAAAUGAUCUCAAAGUUUUUGCAAUUAAAAUGCCACAUUUGACAGAACUUUACAUAUCAAACAACAGACUGAGUAAGCUGCCAGGAGGCAUAAAUUUUCCAAGUUUGGUCAUUUUAAAUAUACGCAACAACGAACUAAAUGAUUUUGGCCAAUCAGAUUUGGAGUUGUUUCCCAACCUUACCACGCUGGAUGGAAGAGGCAAAAAUUAUGUAUGUUCUUGUCAAUUUCUAAAUUUUUUGCAAUCAAAUAAAGCUUCAAUGGUUGGUUGGCCAGAUGACUACAUAUGUGACUCUCCUACUUCAAUAAAAGACAUACGAAUACAAGAUGCAAACCUACCUCCCAUAGUAUGCCAUAAAACAUUAAUUGUAACCCUGUCCUGUAUUCUCUUGAUAGUACUUGUAGCAGCUAUUGUGGCUCUUUGCCACUUCCUUCAUAUUAUAUGGUACGUAAAGAUGACCUGGGCCUGGCUAAAAGCCAAAAGAAAGCCCUUAAAAAACUGUGACAGAGAGAUUUGUUAUGAUGGAUUUGUUUCUUACAGUGAAAGAGACUCUGAAUGGGUUGAGAAUAUGAUGGUGCCAAAGCUGGAAACUGCUGGCCCGCCAAUGAAACUGUGCUUGCAUAAGCGUGACUUUGUACCCGGCAAGUGGAUCAUUGAUAACAUUAUAGAUGCCAUGGAGAAGAGCUACAAAACCCUCUUUGUACUGUCAGAGCACUUUGUCAGAAGCGAAUGGUGUAAGUACGAGCUGGAAUUCUCUCACUUCCGUCUCUUUGAUGAAAAUAACGACACCGCCAUUUUGAUUCUGUUGGAACCCAUUGAGCAAGAAACUAUUCCAAAACGGUUCUGCAAGCUGAGGAAGCUCAUGAACACUAAAACAUACUUGGAGUGGCCUACUGACGAGGAGCAGCAAGAAGUGUUCUGGCAUAAUUUAAAAAUAGCAUUGAACCAGCAGACACCGUGAAUUUAUGAAUCAUUUUCCAAAAUUAUGUAAAGGCGGUACCUUUAUUGGCUCACCAGGAUCAAAAUCAUGGUAAACCAUUAGAGCAGCACAAUUCCUGUUUUAUAUCGGUCCAGUAAUACACACCACCCAUUCCCUCUUUGUUUUUAAUUUCUUCAUUUUCCUAAGGGUUAUAGAAUUGAAACAAUAUCUCCUUGUUUUUAUUUACUUUUUUUUAGCUUGACAGUGUUAUAUACUGUAUAUUAGCUUG